AUCGCGUGACGUCAUUUAUAGACGGCCCCUUAGCACACACUGCUAUCAAUAAUUGAGCAUUAUACCGCGGCGUAAGGUAAACGGCUAUUAAAUGUAUACACACUGCGUUUGAUGACGCGCCCAAUGCACCGGGAGCAUUCCGUCACAAAGAGCUUCAUAGCUCAUCGGAUUCCUCCUGCGCGCUCCCAGUAUCGCAGACUACGGCGGCCGCUGUGCCCUCUUGUUCAAUGCGGAAACUGAAGAGGCGUGUACGGCAACACACCGACAUACACUCACUCAACACUCAGGGGAGGCGUUCAGGACACGGCUUCACACCAACAGCCGUCGGUUCGUCUCUGUAAGUACUUCAGGAGCCUUCUCUGAAUUACAAUUCAAGCGAUGGAUCCCAUUCGCGAGGAAAUGAAGGACUGGUGCAGGUCCCAUUCAGUAGACUUUUACAUCGUGCAUGUGGAUCAUCUCAUCCCACAUCUUGUGUGCCUCACCGAAAGCGAUGUGGAGCAGAUCAAAUGUGAUCUAGACCGGUAUGGCAAUAAUCGUGGGAUGGAUUCAUUGUUGAACCACCUGUGGAGGCGUUCCCGCUGGUACGACGAAUUCAUAUCCGCCCUCCGCAAGGAAAGACACGGUGAACUGGCUGACAGAAUGCAAGUCGAACUGUCUGCCCGUAAAGCGGCACGACAACCCACCUCUGCUCGCCAGCCCGUGCAUCCCCCCAUGGAUGUGAACGUUCACGGGAGAGAUGGAGGUCCCGCCAUGGUGGUGGCCGAGCAGAAAUCUCUCUCCAGUGAGAAUAGUGGUCACAAGGCCAAUUUCCCAGUCCAGGUCUCGCCUGACCCCCCUCCUGCCCCAUCUCCAGUGCAACCACCUGUCCAGAAUGAGGCAUCCGCUCGGUCCACUCCGGCUGAAAGCACUUGCGGGGAAGGGCUGCCAACGCCCACCGCCGGUGGUGGCGCUGCCGUGGAGUCGCCAAAGGGGCAGGGUACGGGCGCGCCGAGCCUGGAAGGGGGUUCGGCGGACGUGAGUGGUGAUGGCUUCUUGGAUGGUAAAGACGCAAGGGCACCAGUCCAGGAGAGGGACGCAGCUGUGGAGGAAGAAAAACUCGCACCGCGCAAACCGGCUUCUGAAAAGCGGCAAAACAACGCCGACUUGGAUGCGGUGGUAGCAGGCCGUGAGCGCAGCGAUUUGCCCAGUCAAAGUGUGUCUGCCGUGAAUACACUUGAUAAUGCCAAAAGUCCGCCCGGGGUACCUGAAUGUAAUUUAUCGCCUCAGCCUUCACAGCCCGGUCGAGAUAGCAGGAGUCGUGAAGAUGAAGAUGACAUUGUUAAGCCACAGGUUCUGAGCACAAAUCCACCCAGCAGCUUUAAUAUAACAAGUGCUGAUGUGCAGAUCAGCGUUGCAGAUACCCUGGAAGUUAGUGAGGCGAGUGAUGGUACCUCCCAAAAUCCACAACUGUUGAAUAAUGUCAACGAUACAAGUUCGCCUAUGUUUCUUCAAAUGCAGCAUGACAACAGAAUGGACCAUGCGACCAAAAAAAGUGACAAAGGUGACCGUUUGUCUGAAACGAAGGCUAGAGGAUCGGCUCUGCAGAUGGGAAGCUUCACUGGACUGUCAACAAACGACACCAAUGCUCCACGGCUCGGUCAGCUUGCAGCAUCUGAAAACGUUGUGCGCAACAACUUGUCACGAAAGGAAGACGCACAGGUCCUGCCAAAACGACCCAACGAGCAACCUGGUGAGCAAUACGAGCAACGCUACAAACAACCCCAAGAGCAUCUCGACACGCAACCCUACAAGCGGAAUAAUGAGCAAUCCAACGACCAGCAGGUUGAGCAAUCCUCCGUGCAGUCCUACGAGCAACGCUACGAGCAACCCCAAGAGCAUCUCGACAACCAACCCUACAAGCGGAAUAAUGAGCAAUCCAACGACCAGCAGGUUGAGCAAUCCUCCGUGCAGUCCUACGAGCAACGCUACGAGCAACCUCAAGAGCAUCUCGACAAGCAACCCUACAAGCGGAAUAAUGAGAAAUCCUCCGAGCAGCAGCUUGAGCAAUCAUUUGAGCAAUCCUCCAAGCAGCGUGACGAGCAGAAUAACGCAUCCCGAGGGGUGCACAGAGCGACGGAAGCAACCAAACCUCUCCCUGAUGAAAGCAAGUUGAGGAAAUGGCUGGAGGAGAACCAGCUGGUUUUGGGAGGAGCUGUCUUGGCGGGCAUAUUGGUGAUUGCUUGGCUUAACGUUCGCCAUCGGUAUUGACAUACGUGUCUAGAUGGGAGAGCGAGGGUGAGGUUUGAUGGGCACUAUCAAUACGUCGCCGAUAUAUUAGCACAGGGUUUUUCAACUAUCUUUAAUAUUUUCUGGUGGACCACAAUAAAUUUAGUGUGGGCCAGUGGGCCACGUGACGACAUAUUUCACGUGUACAGAUGUUAUGAAAUCACUUGGCGUGAUGUCAUGUGACCACAAUCUCCCUCUAGUCUCCAGGUUUCUCUCUUGUUUGUCUUGCUUUCAUCUCAGUAAUCCAUCCCCAUGAGCCUGGAAUCAUCAGGUAAAUUUACUGCACUGGCAUUGGUAUGAUUGAUCAGAAUCAGAAUGUAUUCAUACUGGAGGAAUCCAAUGAGCGAUAAAGCUCUUUUUCACAUGUCCAGUAGGGGCAGGUAAGAACGUGACAACAACAAACAGUACGAAAACACAACAGUAGUGCAAAGUACAGAAAGGUCAACAAAUCACCCAAACGCAAACACAAAUACAACAAUAAACCAUCCCCAUCUGGAGUUUGAAGACAUGGUUAUAGCUUGUAGCUCGUGAGACCAUUUUAGUUACUGUUUUCUUCCAGUAGAUGGGGGUAUAUGUAAAGUUUUCUACACUCCCGCAUUUAACAUGGCCUGAGCCAUACAAAUUGAGCAAUUUCCUGGAAAUAAUUUACUAUUUUAAUCCGCCUACUUCCUGGACAAUAUUUAGUUUAUUACCAUUUUUUUUUACCAGGACGCCAUCAAAUACACACACCUGUCGUUGUGGUGCAAAUACUAUAACUUGAUUUUGUUUACAUUCAAAAAUGCAAGUAAUCCAGAUGUACUGGUGAUGUGUAUCUGUAAGUCAGCAAUGUGGCUUGUGGGUAGUGGUGUAGCUAUGGGCAGCGCAGGCCGGUGCAUGAGGUCCCAAGGGCCAGAGGGGCCCACAUGCCAAGCUAAAGUGGAGGAGAAAUCGGAUAGGGGGGAGGGCCUCUUUUAAUUCCUUGCACUAGGGCUCAUGCCAAUCACGCUGCGCCUCCACUUGUGGGGUUGGUGUGUUGUGCUGGGUUCAUAUGUGAAACGCCCACCUGUAGAGUCCGCUAGGUGCCUAUCGUGGAGUAAUACGGAAAGUAGGUAACUAACCUAUGUCAUCCUGAUUCUCAUUUAUGGGUUUUCCAUUUGCACUUCGUUGUACACUUGCAUGCAAAAAUAAACUAAGCAUCCUAAAUAGGUCGAGCUUUCCUUAAAAUAAGCGAUGAAAAUCAUUAAGUCUUUUCUCAUUAAAUAAGGAUUAGUUUUGGAUAAACUGGCCAAUAAAUGUAUGAAGAGAGUAAUAAUGUUAGACGUGCAACAUUAACAUUUGUACAGGUGCAUGUGUUCAGCAGUGAAAUCGAAUUGUAGAAAAAGAUUUAAGUUUAAAAAAUCUACGUUCAAAAUGUUUUGAUAAUUUCCCUCCCAAUUGUGUCCUGAUUGUGUCCUAUUGGCGUCAUGCCGUUAGGCAGAGUUCCAUUCGCAUCUUUCGCAGAACAGUGUGAUCCUUUGUAUGAGAGAAUGGGACACGUAUGUGAAUAUCACACAAGCUAUCUCAAAACCUUACCUCUGAGCCAUUGGGCCACCUCAAGGUGUCAAAAUGAUUUAACAAUUUUUUUUGUAUAUUGUUCAUUGGGAGCAUGUUGAAAUCAAAAUGUUUCGCCGUCUUUUGCAUUGCUGCUACCGUUAAUUCAAACAAUGUUGAUGUUCCAAUGCGCAAGAGUCUCAGAUGUAAUUGUACCAGGUGUAUUCCACUAUAGUUUUCACAAUAUGGUCAGUCAAUUGCUAAUUUGGAUAUUUUUCCUUUUAAAUUGUAUUUGUGUGAUUUGAAGUGAAAAUCAGUGGCCAUAAACUAACCCCGACUAGUAUUAAUCGUCCGUCUUGGCUUCUCAAAAUUGUUAUAGGGAGGAUUUGUUGGAGAUUUAGAGACAUACUCUUUGGUUCUUUCGGUAAAGUCACGUAUUAUUUUUCUACCUACGUGACUUUACCGAAAGAACCAAAUAGGUUAGAUUCCUGCAGUCACGAAAGCUUCAGAUCAAGAUUUAGAGACAAUGAACGUACCAACAAAUUGCAUAAUGCCACAUGUGGGAGCGGUCGUGCAAUAGCGCGGUCAUUUGCACUCUGCGAUAAAAACGCAGCAGAAACCGGCCAAGGCGAGCAUCAGUGGCGAGUGAAAUCUGAACCCGUUCUGGGCACCCCCCCCCCCCCAUCACCAAUCUGCACCAACCAGCAUGGUGAAAUAUGGUCAAGCAACCCCCAUGACUUGAAUGGCAUGGGGAGGCCCUCAUCCAGCAGUGGACGGAAAAAUUGUACAUAUAUUAUGUCUUCAUGUGUACGUGUAGACUCCAGUCCAGUGGUUCUUAACCUGGGGUACAGGCACUCCCUGGGCAUGCGAGACAUGGCCAGAUUUCUUUUGAAAGUAAAUAAUCGUAACAAAUUAAGCACGGGAAUGGAAGUACAACUACUUUGGUUUAUCAAACCUAUGUAAUUAUUAUUUUUCUAUCUACGUGACUUUACCCAAAGAACCAUAGAAUAAUUUCCAUUUUGUUUUGCGAUUGAGAACCAAAGGGGUGCAAGGCUGCAUUAAAGGUUAAGAACCACUUCUCUCGUGGCUGCAGGGAUUAAUUUAAUUGAUUAAUUGAUGUAUUGUUACACCCCAAGUUAUCACUAACAGAGGCAGGCAUUGUUGAACACAUUUUUAACACUAGCUGUUGUCUUAAAAAAAGUCACACCCAAGCAGCUGUAAUGUCGGGCUUAUUUUGGAAACACAUUUUAAUGUUUUAGUCGUUACAUUGGUGAUGGCAGUUACGCUACUGAAAAUAUGUAAUGUCUCCGUCGAUGGCAUUUUAAAAUCUUAUUCCCAAAAACCUUUUAAUUGUUCCUUUUUGACUUGGUGAAAAUAAUUAUAACGUGGAAAAUAUACCAUCACCAUGAGAUCAUUUUUUCAAGAACAUUUUAAAUGGUAAACCAGAACUUGAUAGUAAAAAAAAAUGUUUUUUUAAAUUAAAAUCUUUUUCCAGUUGCUGCAUGUACACUUGUUAUAAAACACACUUGGUUUAAUGGAUAAAUCAGCAAAUUUGAAGACUUUAAUAAAAAAAAUCAUUCUUCAAAAUGUUAUUUAUGGUCUCUAAUAAAGGAUUAGAAUAGAGUGGUGUGAACUCAUUGCUACAUCUAAUUAAAACUUGCAUUGCCUAUCAAAA